AUGUUAAUGGUUGAUUCUGAUCAGCCAAAGUGUAUCACUUUCAAGCAAUUGAAGAAGGAUAGAUUCUGUUUUUCCAAUGGGCUAAAAAACGCUUUCAAAGAAGGGAAAGCUAUAAUGUCACGAAACUCGAGAAAGCAAAUUGAUCCUCGGUUUGACCCCGAUAUCCACGGAGUUUAUCUUUCUUUUACCCAAAUGAUUAAAAAAAUUAUGCCAUUUAAAUUUCAGGCUGUUAGCAAAUUAUUGAAGCGUGGUGUUGAUUCUGACACCGAAGCAAAGGCGCUGCGCGCUUUACGCCUGCUGAAGCAGAGAAAGGCUACCGACAAAGACGUAAAGUUCAGGCGCGAAUUUAUUGGUAGAAUUCGAAAAGAGCAAGAAAAAGACCUUGUGUCAGGAAAACGAGUCACCUUUUUGAAAAGGGCUGACCUUAGGAAGCAAAUGGAGGAGGCCCGCUUGAAGAAGAUGGGCAAGAAAGAACGCUUAAGACACGCGAACAGACAAAGACGACGGAGGGCCACGGAUGCCCAAUAA